AUGGCUGACGAUCCAACAUCUACUCUUGAGGGAGAAGCUUUGGCUCAAAAUACUAGCAAUACUCCCGCGUUCGAGCCUACUAUACUUAAAGAAUAUUUGAAUAAACUCCUUCCUUUGGUCUUAGGGGCUGAGGAAAAAGACUUAGAGGACUCUUUAUGGUCAAGUCCGGAAAAUCUUGAAAAAUUGAAUCGUUUCGCUAACGAUUCUCAAGUUAACGCUUUGUAUAUAACCAAGUCAAAGGAAGACAAAAAAGAAGAAGAAAUCAUUUAUCAUCUGAAUAAUGUCGCGUCUGUCGCUAUCAUCAAGCAUUCUUCAAACUUAGAUCCAAAUCGUCCUGUACAAUCACAAAUUCAAUUCUUAAAUUUACCUGGCCCAUCAUCCAGUGAAUCUGGAUCUACUAACGUGAGCCCAUAUGAAGCUCUUCAUUCUUGUAUUCAUCAUGCCGUUGCGCCAUACUUCGAUGCUUAUGUUAACGCUAAAGAAUUAGAAUUAUCUCUCCUUCAUUUACAACAAAACGUUGAAAUUCCUGAAAUUUCUCUUAACAUUCAUCCGGUCGUUCAAAAGGCUGUUGAAAAGAGUAAACAAGAAGGCAGGAGGGCCCAUGUUGACUAUAUCGAACCUGCAUACCUUAGUGAUACUGCUUUCUUGAAUAAACUUCAAGGUGAUGUAAACGGUUGGAUUAAGGAGAUCCAAAAAGUAACAAAAUUAUCACGUGAUCCUGCAAGUGGAACAGCUAUGCAAGAAAUAAAUUUCUGGCUUAGUAUGGAAACUGCUCUUGAAGGUGUUGACGAACAGCUUAAGAGCGAUCAAAUUGUGCAUAAAUACAAUCAAUUGAUGAAAGACUUUCCUCUCGGUGAAUUAUUAUCUGCUCCUGAUGUGGCGAAAAUUCAAGAGGCUUUAAAUGUUGUUUUUGCCCAUUUCACCAAGAAAAUGAGAUUAUCUCCAUAUCCAAUCAAGAAAGCACUUGCUCUUGUUGAGGCCAUUUCACGUGAUUUAAAUGAUGUAUUAUUAAAAGUUUUGGGUAGUCGUCGUUUAAUGUACAUGGAAUAUGAUGAAUUUGAAAAAGUUAUGGCUGGUGCUGAAAAUGUUUUUAAAACCUGGGACGAAAUGAUCAAAGAAUUUACUAAUGUAGCACGUGACGUUAUGCGUAAACGUUCUGAUAAAUUUAUUCCAAUCAAAAUAAACCCUGCCCAUGAUAAAUUGCAAGAACGUGUUACUUUCGUUAGGAAUUUUAGAAAACAACAUGAACAACUUCAUCAAACAAUUGUUAAAGUCAUGACUCAACCAAAGGGUACAACAAAAAUUGUUGUCGAAGGUGAAAAUACUGUAGCUCAACAAGAAGAAGGUGUUAGCAUGAAUGAUAUUAAUUCUAUGGAAGAAGUAAAAAUAGCAUAUGAAAGUGUAAAGGACAUUGAUGUGUUAGAUGUUUCUAUUGAAGGCACUGAAAUCUGGAUGCAAGCUGAAAAUGCAUAUAAUGAACGUGUUUCAAGAGUUGAAAAUCAAAUUAUUGCAAGUCUACGAGAUCGACUUGGUACAUGUAAAAAUGCUAAUGAAAUGUUCCGUGUGUUUUCAAAGUUCAAUGCUUUGUUCGUUAGACCUAAAAUUCGAGGUGCUAUUCAAGAAUAUCAAAAUGAGCUUAUUGACAGAGUUAAAAAAGAUAUAUCUAAACUUCAUGAAAAAUUCACUCAACAAUAUCGAAAAUCUGAAGCAAAUCAUAUGGCUCAGCUUCGAGAUCUUCCUGCUAUCUCUGGUGCUAUGAUUUGGGCUCGUCAAAUUGAAAGACAAUUACAAACUUAUAUGAAACGUGUUGAAGAUGUUCUUGGUAAAGGUUGGGAGAUGUAUGCAGAAGGUCAAAAAUUACAAAUUGAAAGCAAUAACUUUAAAAAGAAAUUAGACACAAGACCGAUCUUUGAAGCUUGGCAAACAGACAUUUCUAAUCGUCGUGAUUUGAACGUGACAGGAAGAUUAUUUGAAAUUACACGAAAUCGUGCUCAAGGAAAUAUUCUUCAAUUAGGUGUAAAUUUUGAUCCACAAAUAAUUACAUUAUUUAAAGAAGUGCGUAAUUUAUUAUGGUUAAAUCACCAAGUACCACACAAUAUAAGCACUAGUGCAAAAGUUGCCAAGCGUGUAUAUCCUUUCGCUGUAAGUCUUAUGGAGACAGUUAGAACUUAUGCUCAAACGGUUCAAAAGGUUCAAAAACAUCCUGAUAUCAUCAUGUUGGUAGCCAGUUAUCGCAAUGGUGUACAAUCUAUGAUCGCUAAAGGCAUUACUUUUGAAUGGAAAUACUUUGUGGACACUUAUGAUCGUAAUUUCCGUGGAGCACUAGAUUCUCCUGAGAAUCAACAUGUUACUUUUGUCCGAGAAUUCGCAAAUACUGUAUCGGAAUUUCAAGAUAAAGUUGAUGACUUGAUUGCUGAUUAUGAAAAUAUAUCACGUCUAAUUGAAGACUUAAAAACUUGCGCAUAUCAAAUAAAAAAAUUCAAUUCAAAUUUAGAAAAAGUUCAAAAAUUGCUUGAUAAAAGAAUCGAAACUGUCUUGUCUCAACGGCUACAACAUGCUAUAACCUCAUGGACAACUGAAUUUAUGUCAUCUAAUGACGAUACUAUGAAUACUACUGAACCAACCUCUCAUGAAUCUUCAAUUAGUAAAGUUUUGAAGAAUAGGCGUAGAACUACUAGAACCGAUUCUAUUGAUGGUGAAAGACCAUUAACUGCAAAAUCUGAAAAACCUGUGCUUGAACGUUCUGUUCAUACAGUACGUAUCAAAAAUCAAGUAAUUUAUCUGGAUCCACCAAUUGAGGAUGCUAGAACUAAAUGGUAUAAUCAAUUACACGAAUGGCUUUGUAAAAUUCAAGGUUCACGUUAUGAUAUUGAUCUACAAGUUAGAGGAUCCAGUGUUUCUCGAGAAACCACUUAUUCCAACUUAUUAGCACAAAUUCCUGAUGGUUCACUAGAGAAAGCAUAUGAAGUUAUUGAAGCCAAAUUGAAAGAAGUAUCUGAAUAUGUUAACAAAUGGCUCCAAUUUCAGUCAUUAUGGGAUCUUGAACCCAAUCAUAUUUAUGAUCGACUUGGUGAUGAUCUUAAUAAAUGGAAACAAAUUCUAUCGGAAAUCAAAAAAUCACGUACUACAUUUGAUAAUUCAGAAGUCGAACGCUCCUUUGGCUUUAUUGCAGUAAAUUAUGAACAAGCACAAACCAGAGUCAAUGCCAAAUAUGAUCAGUGGCAACGUGAUGUUCUUGCUAAAUUUGGUAUGAAACUUGGUGAUUGUAUGAAAGAAUUUCAUGCUGAUGUUUCAAAUUCUCGCAAAGAACUUGAAAAUAAAUCUAUGGAAAGCAAUAAUACAAGUGAAGCUGUUGCCCUGAUUACUUUUGUGCAGGAUCUCAAACGUAAAGUUAACAAAUGGAGCUUGGAUGUUGAAAUGUUUCGGGAAGGUCAAAAAACCUUGGAGCGACAAAGAUAUCAAUUUCCAAGUGAUUGGCUGCAUAUUGAACAAAUCGACGAUGGAUUGAAAUUGAAGAUUGUUGCCGAAGAUAAAAAUGUUGAAGAUAAAAUUAAAAAGAUUGUUGCUGAGUGGAAAACUAGUAAACCAAUUCAAGGAGAUAUCAAACCAGACAUUGCUACAAAUACACUCCAAAUUUAUGAAGGUCGUGUUACUCGUCUUAAGGAUGAGUAUGACAUGGUUUGUCGUGCAAAAGAAGCACUUGACAUGGCCUUGGCUACUGAAGACAGUUUAGAUAUUGUUCUUGAAGAACUUAAAGACCUCAAAUCAGUCUGGAGUUCUCUUUCAAAAGUUUGGCAAUCAAUCAAUGAAUUAAAAGAAACCUUGUGGUCAUCGGUAGUUCCACGAAAAAUUCGACAACAAUUGGAUAAUCUUCUUAAUUCUAUUAAAGAAAUGCCAGGUCGCAUACGUUCAUAUGAAGCAUUUAAUUAUGUACAAGAAACCGUUAAAACCUACCUUAAGAUAAAUCCAAUUCUUUCUGAUCUCAAAUCUGAAGCAUUGAAAGAACGUCAUUGGAGGCAAUUAUUUAAGGCUCUUAGAGUUGAAGGCCGUUUCCACUUAGCCGAAAUGUCAGUUGGCCACGUUUGGGAUUUUGAUCUUAAGAAAAAUGAACAAAUUAUAAAAGACAUUGUAGUCCAAGCCACUGGAGAAAUGGCUUUGGAAGAAUUCUUGAAACAAGUGAAAGAAACCUGGACUUCAUAUGUCCUAGAACUUGUAAAUUAUCAAAAUAAAUGUCGUCUUAUCAAAGGAUGGGACGAGCUCUUUACUAAAUGUAGCGAAAAUCUCAAUUCUUUAACUGCAAUGAAAAUGUCACCUUAUUACAAAGCAUUUGAGGAAGAUGCUUCAGCAUGGGAAGAUAAAUUAAAUAGAGUUCAUGUCUUAUUCGAUGUUUGGAUCGAUGUUCAACGUCAAUGGGUAUACUUAGAAGGCAUUUUUAGUGGAAGCGCGGACAUUAAACAUUUGCUUCCAGUUGAAACUCAACGUUUUUCAUCUAUAAAUACUGAAUUCUUGACUGUUAUGAAAAAAGUGUACAAGUCUCCAUUCGUUUUAGAUGUUCUAAACAUUGCAAAUGUUCAAAAGUCUUUGGAGCGUUUAGCUGAUCUAUUGUCUAAAAUUCAAAAGGCACUUGGUGAAUAUCUUGAACGUCAACGUUCUACUUUCCCCCGUUUCUAUUUUGUGGGUGACGAAGAUUUACUUGAAAUUAUUGGUAAUAGUAAAGAUGUCGUUCGUAUUCAAAAACAUUUCAAGAAAAUGUUUGCGGGUGUUGCCAAUAUUAUUCUUAAUGAAGACUGCAGUAUUAUUCUUGGUAUGUCAUCACGAGAAGGCGAGGAAGUUCCUUUCAAAACUCCAAUAAAAAUCAGUGACUAUUCGCAUGCUGUAAAUGAAUUGAGUCCUUUCUAUUUAGCUGAAGAAUUAGUUACAAAGACAUUUUUGGAAUGGAUUGAAAAGUAUCCAGCACAAUUAGUUGUAGUUGCAGUGCAAAUUAUUUGGACUCAAUCAGUUGAAAAAUCUCUUGAACAAUAUGGCAAAGAUGAUGAACCAUUAAGCGGAUCUCUUAAGUAUGUGUUGCGUGCAUUGGAUGUUUUAGCAGAUACUGUACUUCAAGACUUGGUCUCAACACAACGUAAAAAAUGUGAACAUUUAAUCACUGAGCUUGUGCAUCAACGUGAUACUAUCCGUCAAUUGCAACGUGAUAAAAUUUCUUCUCCCAAGGACUUUGCAUGGCUAUAUCACAUGAGAUUCUAUUUCAAUUCUAAUGCUGAAGAUCCACUAUCACGUUUAACCAUUCAUAUGGCAAAUGCUCAAUUUUAUUAUGGUUACGAAUACCUUGGUGUACCCGAUCUCGGUGCUUGGGGAUGCUUUGACGAAUUUAAUCGUCUUGAAGAAAGAAUUUUAUCAGCUGUUUCUCAACAAGUGCAAACUAUUCAACUUGGUCUUAAGGCUGUUAUAGAUGAUCCAAAUGCUGAAGUUGAAAUUGUUGGCAAAAGUCUUAAAGUUAAUGCCAAUACCGGUAUCUUUAUUACUAUGAAUCCUGGCUAUGCUGGUCGUUCCAAUCUACCUGACAACUUGAAGAAACUCUUCCGUAGCAUGGCUAUGACAAAACCAGAUCGUGAAUUAAUCGCACAAGUAAUGUUGUUUUCUCAAGGCUUCCGAACUGCAGAAACUCUCGCUUCAAAGGUUGUCCCGUUAUUCAACCUUUGUGCUGAACAACUUUCUCCACAAGCACAUUACGAUUUUGGUCUUCGAGCCCUUAAGAGUGUGCUUGUUAGUGCCGGUAAUCUGAAACGUGAACGCCUUCAAGUACUUAGAGAAAGCAAUUCAGACAAAUCAGAAUAUACCAGAAUUUCAGAACCUACACCUGAGCAAGAGAUUUUGAUUCAAAGUAUUCGUGAAACUAUUGUUCCAAAAUUAGUAUCUGAUGAUAUUCCCCUUUUAACUAGGUUGUAUGCACCGGUAGACCUUGAUAAACUUAAAGCAGAAAUUAAAAAUGUUUGUAAUGAGAAAUGCCUUCUUGAUGGUGAAAUGUGGCUAGAAAAAGUUCUUCAACUUUAUCAAAUUCAAAAUAUUCAUCAUGGUCUUAUGAUGGUCGGACCGUCUGGCUCUGUAUUGCUUCAAGCUUUGGAGCGAGUUGAAGGGCGUGAAGGUGUUUCAUACGUUAUUGAUCCUAAAGCUGUGUCCAAAGAUGCUCUCUAUGGUAAUUUGGACCAAACAACUCGUGAAUGGACGGAUGGUUUAUUCACCCAUAUUUUACGUAAAAUCAUUGACAACGUUCGUGGUGAAAAACUUAAAAGACAUUGGAUUAUAUUUGAUGGUGAUGUGGAUCCGGAAUGGGUUGAAAAUUUAAAUUCUGUAUUGGACGACAAUCGAUUAUUAACUCUCCCUAAUGGUGAACGUUUAAGUCUUCCGAAUAAUGUCCGUAUUAUGUUUGAAGUAGAAAAUUUGAAAUAUGCAACAUUAGCUACUGUUAGUCGUUGUGGUAUGGAAGUGGUUACUCUUGAUAUGAUUUAUUAUAAUUAUCUCGAAACUUUAAAAUCUGUUCCUUUGGAUGAAAGUGAAGAAGAAGGAGCCUCUACUCAUAGAGUUGAAGGAGAAGAGACCAUCUCCCCACAUCUUAGUACACAACGUGAUAUUGCUAGUAUACUUAGUAAACAUAUGACUGAAGAAGGAUUAGUCACACGAACUCUUAUGGAGGCAGAGAAAUUGGAUCAUAUUAUGGACUUUACUUAUAUGCGCGUGCUGAAUACUUUAUUUUCUUUAUUAAACAAAACUGUACGUAAUGUAAUUGAAUACAAUGUACAACAUCCUGAUUUCCCAAUGACAGCAGAACAUUUAGAUGGUUAUGUGACUAAGCGCCUAGUUCUUGGUGUUAUUUGGAGUUUCUCUGGGGAUGCUAAAUUAGAUUACCGUGCUGUGCUAGGCGAUUUUGUUCGUGGAAUAGCUACAGUCGAUUUGCCUCCUGCGCAAGUGGGUUCAACUCUCAUCGAUUAUGAUGUUCAAAUCAGUAAUGGUGAUUGGGUAUCAUGGACUGGCAAAGUUCCAACUAUUGAAAUUGAAACUCAUACUGUAUCUGAGGCUGAUGUGGUUGUUCCUACAGUUGAUACUGUUCGUCAUGAAGAAAUAUUGUAUUCCUGGCUUUCAGAACACAAACCUCUUUUAUUAUGCGGUCCUCCUGGAUCUGGAAAAACCAUGACAUUAUUUAGUGCCCUUAGAAAAUUACCAGACAUGGAAGUUGUCGGUCUCAACUUUUCCAGUGCAACCACCCCUGAAUUGAUUUUAAAAACAUUUGAACAAUAUUGUGAAUAUCGUAAGACUCCAACUGGGGUAAUUUUAUCCCCUAUUGCCAUUGGUCGCUGGAUUGUGGUGUUUUGUGAUGAAAUCAAUCUUCCUGCAGUUGAUCAAUAUGGAACUCAACGUGUUAUCUCAUUUUUAAGACAAUUAAUUGAAUGUGGUGGCUAUUGGAGAACAUCAGAUAAAGCAUGGGUUAAAUUGGAAAGAAUACAAUUUGUCGGAGCUUGUAACCCCCCAACAGAUCCUGGACGUGUUCCAUUAACUCAUAGAUACCUUCGUCAUGCUCCUUUAGUGAUGGUUGAUUAUCCUGGUGAAAUUUCCCUUAAUCAGAUUUACGGAACAUUUGCUCGAGCCAUGUUAAAAGUUGUUCCUUCACUUCGAGCGUAUGCUGAACCGCUUACAGCUGCGAUGGUCGAAUUCUAUCUUAAGUCCCAGAAACAUUUUACUCCUGAUAUGCAAGCACAUUACAUUUAUUCUCCUCGUGAAUUGACCAGAUGGAUGCGAGGUAUUUUUGAGGCAAUUAAGCCUUUGGAAUCCCUUUCUCUUGAAGGUUUGAUUCGUAUUUGGGCACAUGAGGCUUUGCGAUUAUUCCAAGACCGUCUUGUUACCGAAGAAGAGAGAAAAUGGACUGACGAUAACAUUGAUGCCACUGCUAUGAAACAUUUCCCAAAUUUGAACUCUUCCGAAGCUUUGACUCGACCAAUUUUGUUCUCUAACUGGUUGUCCAAACAUUAUAUCCCUGUUGAACGUGAAGAAUUGCGUGAUUACGUUAAAGCUCGUCUUAAAGUCUUUUAUGAAGAAGAAUUAGACGUCCCACUGGUCUUGUUUAAUGAUGUCUUAGACCAUGUUCUUCGUAUUGAUCGUGUAUUUAGACAAAUGCAAGGACAUUUACUUUUAAUCGGUGUAAGUGGAUCCGGUAAGACUACUUUGUCAAGAUUUGUUGCUUGGAUGAAUGGAUUAAGUGUCUUCCAAAUUAAAGCACAUAACAAGUAUACUGGUGAUGAUUUCGAUGAAGAUUUAAGAACAGUCUUAAGAAGGGCUGGCUGUAAAGGAGAAAAAAUUUGCUUUGUAAUGGAUGAAUCAAAUGUAUUAGACUCUGGUUUCUUGGAACGUAUGAAUACACUUCUUGCUAAUGCAGAAGUUCCUGGAUUAUUCGAGGGUGAUGAAUAUAAUGCAUUAAUGACAAGUUGUAAGGAGGGUGCUCAGAGAGAUGGGUUAAUGUUAGAUUCUCCUGAAGAAUUAUAUAAAUGGUUCACACAACAAGUAAUGAAAAACCUGCACGUUGUAUUUACAAUGAAUCCUCCAGAAGGUGGCCUUGCUUCUCGUGCUGCAACAUCUCCUGCUCUUUUCAAUCGUUGUGUUUUAGAUUGGUUCGGUGAUUGGUCAGAUCAAGCUUUCUUCCAAGUGGGCAUGGAAUUCACCCAAAAUUUGGACUUGGAUCUUCAGACAUAUACACCUCCUAUCAACUUUCCUACUGCGUAUAGAUUAUUGCCACCGCAACCUUCACAUCGUUCUGCCGUUGUAAAUGCGUUCGUUUUUGUUCAUCAAUCUCUUUACGAAAUUAAUGCAAAAUUGAGCAAACGCCAAGGUCGUUAUAAUUAUGUGACACCACGACACUAUUUGGACUUUAUUAACCAUUAUGUACGAUUAUUCAAUGAGAAACGUGAAGAUCUUGAGGAACAACAGCGUCAUUUGAACAUUGGGUUAGAUAAAUUAAGAGAAACUGUUACUACUGUUGAUCAACUUCGUAGUGAUUUGGAUAUAAAGAAUGCAGCGCUUAAAGAAAAGGAGCGUGAAGCUAACGCAAAGUUUCAGAAAUUGGUUGCGGAUCAAAGCGAAGCUGAAGAACGUAAAAAAGCUUCAGUAGAACUUUCGAAAGCCCUCGACAUUCAAACUAAACAAAUUGAAGAACGUCGUGAAGUAGUAAUGAAUGAUUUAGCUCAAGCUGAACCAGCUGUUGAGGACGCUAAAAGGAGUGUAAGAGGUAUUACUAGACAACAUCUUACAGAAGUGCGUUCAAUGAAUAAUCCUCCUGAGGCUGUGAAAAUGGCGAUGACUUCAGUUUGUCUUUUGCUUGGUAGAAGAGCUGAUAGUUGGCAACAAUUGCAAGGAAUCAUCAGAAGUGACGACUUUAUUAAUAGUAUUGUUCAAUACGAUACUAACAAAUUGACCAAACAUGUGAGAGAAAAAAUUAAUUCAGAAUAUAUUUCCAAACCUACUUAUAACUUCGAUGUUGUAAACAGAGCUAGUAAGGCAUGUGGUCCUUUGGUUAAAUGGGUAAUUGCUCAAGUCAGUUAUUCAGGUAUUUUGGAUAGAGUUGGUCCUAUGCGUAAAGAAAUGGAGGACUUAAAAGAAGAACAAAAGAAAACUCAACAGCAGGCUGAGAGUCUGCAGCAAAUGAUCAAAGAUUUAGAAAAUAAAAUAGCAGUAUAUAAGGAAGAAUAUGCAGAAUUAAUUAAAGCUAAAGAAGCUAUUAAAGAUGAUAUGAGCCAAGUUAAGAAUAAAGUAGAAAGAAGUAUGACUCUACUUGAAAGUUUAUCAUCUGAAAAGGAAAGAUGGGUGUCUGGUAGUCAAGCAUUUGAAACGCAGAUGGGAACAAUUGUAGGUGAUGUAUUGCUUUCUGCAGCAUUUCUCGCCUAUGGUGGAUAUUUCGACCAGCAAUAUCGUGAAAUAUUACUUCAAAAAUGGACAAACCAUUUAGUCGACGCUAAAAUUCAAUAUAAGCCAGAACUUUCGUUGACAGAAUAUUUGUCAACAGCAGAUGAUCGUCUUUCAUGGCAAGCAAAUUCUCUUCCGGCCGAUGAUUUAUGUACUGAAAACGCCAUCAUGCUUAAGAGGUUCAACAGAUAUCCACUCAUUAUUGACCCAUCUGGUCAAGCUUCUUCAUUUUUAAAGAAUGAAUUUAAAAACAAAAAAAUUACUAUUACUAGUUUCUUAGAUGAUUCAUUUAUUAAGAACUUAGAAAGUGCUCUUCGUUUCGGUAAUCCAUUACUUAUUCAAGACGUUGAGCAUCUUGACCCUAUUUUAAAUCCUGUUCUUAACAAAGAAUUGCGCCGUACUGGUGGCCGUGUUUUAAUAAGAUUGGGAGGACAAGAUAUUGAUUUCUCACCAUCAUUUACACUUUUCCUUUCAACCCGUGAUCCUUCUGUAAACUUCCCUCCAGAUGUGUGCAGUAGAGUAACAUUCGUUAACUUUACCGUGACACGUAGCAGUUUACAAAGUCAAUGUCUUAAUCAAGUCCUUAAAGUUGAACGACCUGAUACGGAUCAGAAACGAACAGAUUUAGUCAAACUUCAAGGUGAAUUUAAACUGAGGUUGAGACAUCUCGAAAAAUCUCUCUUGCAGGCUUUAAAUGAAUCCAAAGGUAAUAUUUUGGAUGAUACUAAAAUCUUGGGUACAUUGGAAAAAUUGAAACAAGAGGCUGCUGAAAUUACUCGAAAAGUUGAAGAAACUGACACUAUUAUGCAAGAAGUUGAACGAGUUACAGCACAAUACACUCCUUUAGCUCAAGCCUGUAGCUCUGUUUUCUUUGUUAUGGAACAAAUAAACAUUUUACAUCACUUUUAUCAAUUCUCUCUCGAAUAUUUCUAUGAAAUAUUCCAAUUUAUCCUUCAUGAAAAUCCAAACCUCUCAAACGUUACUGAUGUCGAUGAAAGAUUGAGGAUUAUCAUCCGUGAUCUUUUUAAAGUAACUUUCAAGCGCGUAUCGCGAGCUUUGCUAAAUGAGGACUAUGUUACAUUCGCAAUUUUACUAGCUCAAAUUAAACUUCGUGGGUCUCCUGGCCAAGUUGAUGAAUCUGAAUACGAUUUUAUGCUAAGCGGUGGCGAUGUUGUACCUGGAUCAAGAGUCACAGCAAGAGAACUAGGAUUACCUGAUAAUGUUUUUGAUAGUGAUCAACUUUGUAAAAUAAAAGAAUUCACGGCUCUUCAAUGUUUCAAUAGACUUAGCAGGCAUAUUAGUGAUAAUAUUGAUGAAUGGGUGAAAUUUAUGAAUCAUGAUUCGCCUGAAAAUCACAUACCUGAUUGGUGGGAUUCUUCAUUACCUGUGUCCGAAUUUGUAUCUAUUGCAUUUGAGCCAGGCUUCGCCUCUCAAACAGAAUUGGACUUUAAGGCAUUAGUGUUAAAUGAAGUUCAACCUACUACACCUAUUUCUUUAUGUUCUGUUCCUGGAUAUGAUGCAAGUUACCGUGUGGAUAAUCUUGUGUCUGAUGUUGGGGUCAAAUGCACAUCUGUUGCCAUGGGUUCUCAGGAAGGUUUUAAUUUGGCCGAUAAUGCUAUUGCAAACGCGGUCAAGAAUGGAAAUUGGGUUUUAUUGAAAAAUGUUCAUUUAGCUACAUCAUGGUUAGAACGUCUUCGCUACGCACCACUCGGUUGGACCAAGAUUUACGAGUUUAAUGAUUCUGAUCAAGACUUUGCAAUUAACACCAUUGACGCGUGGUUGAAUUCAGUCGCUCAAAAUAGAGAAAACAUUUCCCCAGAUAAAAUUCCCUGGGAGGCACUUCGUACAUUAAUCUGUGUUGCUGGCUAUGGUGGCCGUAUCGACAAUGAAUUUGACAAGCUUAUCCCUGAUGGAACAAAAAUGGAAGACUUUGUAAAUUGGAUCGAUAAUCUCCCAGAACGCGAGCCACCUAUAUGGUUAGGAUUGCCAAGCAAUGCAGAAAGAGUUUUAGCCACAAGCAAAGGUAGGAAAAUGAAAAAUACGGCUGAUGAUGAUGUUGUUGAACUUUCUCAAGAGUCUGAUUCUCAGUCAUCUUCCCAACCUGCCUGGAUGCGUGCAUUACAGGCAUCUGUUGAAGGAUGGUUAGAAGUACUUCCGUCAAAAAUUCCAAUGAUGAACCGUACUUCUGAAAGUAUUAAAAAUCCGUUAUUCAGAUUUUUCGAUCGUGAAAACUCAAUCGGACUCCUUAAAACUGUAUCCAUAAAUCAUUGGAUUGCUGAUUUCAGAAGCAGGCUUCAACAACUUGAAAACAUUACAAAAUUACAUGACUUUUUAGAUUUACAAGUAUGGAUUGGUGGUCUUUUCAUGCCCGAAGCAUUCAUCACAGCUACCCGUCAGGCAGUAGCACAAAAACAUAAAUGGUCUUUAGAAGAAUUGGUAUUAGAAAUUUCUCUCAACAAGAGUGGAGAUCCUGAUUCUUUUGCAUUAACUGGUAAUGGCAAUCAUGUGAGUCUCUGCGGAGUUCCAACAACCAAAUUAGAUAUUUCUCAAAUUAAAUGGGUUAGAAAGACGGAAGCUACUCCAGUUACUGAAACAACUAUAAACCUUCCGGUUUAUCUUAAUGAAGAUCGUUCUGAUUUGCUCUUUAUUGUUAAUAUUGAAGCAAAUGCUUCUGAAAAGGUUAAGAUUGUGCAAC